AUGAAAUAAUUUUAUUUAUAGGAUGGAGAAAUAUUAAAAAAAGAGAAAAAGACUGACAAAAUUGAAAUAAACAAGAAUAUCGAAAUGAUCAAAUAUGCUAAAUGGGAUGGAGAACUGAACAAUCAAAAUAUGAAAUGUGGAAAUUGGUAGGCUUUUUGGAAAGGUAAAAAGUUGGGUAUUGGAGGAUAUUAUGAUUAAUGUAAUUUAAAAACAGGGAAAUGGGUUGAGUUUUUCAAUUAAUAUUGGGAGUAAAUUACUCUUUCUAUUUUAUAAGUCGGUGUUAAGUUAUUCUCAUAGGAGAAUACAAAAAUGGAAAGAAAUUCGGUAUUUGGGAAACAUAGUAUCGACACCAACAAAGGGAAUUAUUUUAAAUAAUGUUUAUGCACUUAUGACAAAGAUGGAUUAUAAUAAGGAAGGUCAUUUGAAGUGUCUGAACAAUUUUGGGAUCUUUGUUAAGUUUUUGAAUUUGGAGUAUAUAGAGAUGGUAAGAAGGUUGGGAGAUGGGAAAUUUAAAGCAAAUAAUCGAUUAUACUGGGUGGAGGAAAUUAUAAUUAAAAAGGUUUGAAAGAUGGAAGAUGGGUGGAGUUAGAAUCAAAUUUUUGGAAGUAUUUUCAAUUAAGAGUUAUUAGAUAAAAUUAAGUAAUUUAGAUUGGAGACUAUUAAAAUGGAAUUAAGAUUGGUUUUUGGAAGAUUUAGUUCAAAAUGACUGAACUAUUUGAUUAUCAAGAUAUGUAUAAAAACUUCUUAAAAUAUAAUAGAGGUGGAGGUUCAUACUUAAAUGAUAAAAAGAUAGGAAGAUGGAAGGAAAUACAUGAUAAUUUUCAUAAUUAAUGUUAAGUAAUCUAUGCUGGAGAAUAUUUUAAUGGAGUAAAAAUUGGAUAAUGGAAUACAUUGUAUAAAGGAAUCAGAUAAGAUGAAUAUAUAAAUAUGUAUUAUAUAAUGAUCACCAUCUUAAUAGAGGAGGAGGCCAAUAUUUUAAUGGAAAAAAAAUAAAAUAAUGGGUAGAUCUACAUACUAAUUUCCAAAAGUAUUGUAGCUUUAUCCUAUUUAAGUUAAUGUUAGGUUUUUCAGACUGGUGUAUAUGAAGAGGGUUUAAAAUAAGGAUAGUGGAAAAUCCUUUUUAGAAUAAAUAAUUAAGAGAAUCAUUAAAAUAUGUAAAUAAUAAAUCAAAAUUAAAGAGGAACAGGAUAUUAUGAAAAUGGUUUGUAAAUAGGAAAGUCUUGUGAGUUGCAUUAAAUAUAUUUUAAUAAUUAUUAAUUUGUUUGGACUGGUGAAUAUACAAAAGGAAAUAAGAAUGGUUGGUGGGAUAUAAUUUGGAGAAACAAAUCUAAUGAUAAUUAAGAAAAGAUUAUUGGGGGUGGUACUUAUGUAAAAGGAUUAAAAAAUGGAUUAUGGACAGACUUGGUUGAAAACUUUUCUAGUUAGUCAUGGCAGGAGAAAGUCCUAGUCGGUGAAUAUGUUAACGGGGAAAAACCAGGUGGUUUUAAAAUUUAAUAAAUAAUAUGA